AUGAGCCCAGGGGCACCCCCCACCCGCUCCCACCCCAGCCCUCCCCGGUCCCCACCCCUCUCCGGGCUCCGCCUCCUCCGCGGUGGCGUCGCCCCACGGCCGCCGGCGACCCGUCGCCCUCGGUCCGACCGCUGGGUCCCCUGCCCCGGCCGGCGUGCUGCUAGCCCCUCACGCGAUCCCCGGCUCGUUGGCGGCGGCAGAGGCCGCUCUGCCCGCCCCGCACCGGCCCGGCUGGUGACGCUGCAGCUGCCGCGCCCGGAGGUUCCGGACAGGCCUAAGUCACUUCCGGGGCGGGGUGAGGCGGUAGCGUCGGAGGAGCUGCGCGAUGAGGAGGUCGGAGCGGCGGCUGCGGCGGGACCCCGGACGGCCGCGCCUCCCUCCCGUGGGCCGGCUAGGAACCCCCAUCGCGGCCUCACCGGCCGAGCGCGAGGCUGCCCGCCGCUGCCGAAUCCCAAGCUACUGUCCUUCCUUGUCUGGGCUCGCGCCUACCUGCGGUUGCCCUCAGGAGUUACUUGCCGUGGCCUCCGGCAAAGCAGCCGGCCUAGUCCCGACUCCGAGCUUACGGAAAGCCCUAGGUACAGGUGGUACAUAAGGGAAAUCAAGAGGACAAUUCUUGAUGCAAGGGCAUUUUCUGUUGGCAGCUGCGCUCAGAAAAUAGCGCCCAAUGCAGGGCAGCCGGAAGGCCCCGAACUUCCUAAUGACAAAUCAUCCCACACCACUAAACUACAUGCUAAUUGCGCCUUGGCAUAAGGACCAAUGAGACCCA